AUGGACGAUAGGGACGUUAGGAGGGAUUCCUCGCGGCAAAGACUACUUGAUGCUGAUGAGUCCCCGUAUGACACGAACCCGGGCGCAAGGCGGGCAGGGAUGGCCGGGUUGGCCAGGCACACGCUCGGCCUCAUGCUCCUUUUGCUCGUGGUAUUUCUAUGGACAUUGUCGAACUUUUUGGGAAGUAUUUUCUGUAUUGAAGAUACUAACGAGGAUCGCAAAACGUGGCAGAGCAUAUUCGCAGACAAGACCUAUGCGAAGCCGUUUUUCCUCACAUAUCUCAACACGAGCAUGUUCAUGCUGGCCAUGAUCCCAACGCUCGUACGGAUCGGUUACAGACGGCAACGAGACCAUGGGGACUUAUACACGAGGCUGCGCACGGCGCUGUCCGAGGGAAGAAGAGGGGCAUACAGACGGCUACCGAACGGAGACGAUGGAGCCGUAGAUCCCGAGGGAUCUGGAAGAAGAGAAGAAGAAGGGGAAGAAGACGUGGCUUUUCUCGCUCCAGACCCGGAGACUUCAUCAUCAUCGUCGCCGUCGUCGUCGUCACGGUCCGACGACCUGGGAUUGGGGAGGAGGCAACUGGAACGGGAACACGAAGCCGAAGCUGACGAGAAGGAGGGCGCGAAACACCUCGCCAUCGCUCCGACGGCUCGACUCGCACUCACCUUCUGCAUCCUGUGGUUUGGGGCGAACUACUUCGCGAUGGCAUGUCUGCAGCACACGACGGUGGCGUCGACCACCAUCUUGACUUCGACGUCGAGCAUUUGGACCCUGUUGAUCGGCGCCUCCACCGGCACCGAAAAGUUCACCUGGCGCAAACUCCUGGGCGUGCUCGGCUCGGUCGUCGGCAUCAUCCUCAUAUCUCACGUCGAUCUGUCCGGCACGAGCCCGGAGGUCGGCGUCGACGGCGGAUCGCCUUCGCCUACUCGCCGUGCCAUCGACGUGUUCCCUGACAAGUCGGCCAGCGAGAUGAUGCUCGGGAACGCCAUGGCUCUCUUGUCGGCCGUCAUCUACGGCAUGUACACCAUCACGCUCAAGAAGACGACGGUCAAGGCGCUGCCGCGGUCCCUGAACAUGCCGCUGUUCUUUGGCCUCGUGGGCCUGUGGAACAUUGUGCUGCUGUGGCCGUUGUUCCCCAUCCUGCACUUCAGCGGGCUCGAGCGAUUCGCCCUCCCGCCGACGCGGCACGUCUGGACCAUCCUGCUCGUCAACAGCAUGAGCAGCCUCUUCAGCGACAUCUGCUGGGCCUAUGCCAUGGUCCUGACCAGCCCGCUGGUCGUGACCGUCGGCCUGAGCCUCACCAUCCCGCUGAGCCUGGUGGGCGAAAUGGUUCUGCAGGGCCGGUACGAGGGCAUCACGUACUGGGUCGGCGCGGCCAUCGUGGUCGGGAGCUUCGUCUUUGUCGACCACGAAGAGCGCGAGGAGGAGCAGGAGGAAGAGCGGGAUCAGCGGCUGCUUCCCAGCGCCGGCGGCCAAGUGAUGCACCUACACCCCGAGGGAGAUGAGGCUGCUACUGCUGCCGCCGCUGCGAUUCUAGCGCGUGACAACCACGGGGGUGCAUCACACACAGAGCUGGCAAAGACCAUGGUGGCGGGACAGCCGGCCAAAGUUGCCGAAGGAUCCAACCUGCCGUCGAAUUCUGCUCUACCGUCUGGCGCUGGGCCAUCCCACCCGAAACGGAAAUAG